CUCAAAAAUGACUUUACACUCCUCACUUUGUUUCUACUCUCCAAUCCGUCGCUGCUCCACCUCUUUCUCCAAUUUCGUGGAUUGUGAGUUGGGAGAGAAGAUGAAGCAAGUGGUGGGAAUGGUGGUUUCAAAUAAGAUGCAGAAAUCGGUGGUGGUGGCAGUGGAUAGACUAUUCUUCCACAAAGUGUACAACCGAUAUAUCAAGCGCACUUCAAAAUUUAUGGCUCAUGAUGAGCAAAAUAGUUGUAACAUUGGUGACCGAGUUCGACUGGAUCCUUCUAGGCCUUUGAGCAAGCGUAAACAUUGGGUGGUUGCAGAAAUUCUCAAGAAGGCGCGCAUAUAUGUUCCACCCUCCAUGCCAGCAUUUGAUAAGGCGAGGUCCAGCACUGAAGCUCCUGCUUCCUGAAUUGGCUCAAGGUUAAAAUCAGUCUGCUGCAAUUUCACAUGAAGUUUUACUAGGUGCUGUCUAGUCUGCUUUGGAUUGUAUUGUCACUUAUUGUAGUGUCACAUGAAGUUCUGUGUUGGAUGGAUUGUAGUGUAGCAUGGUCUAAAGGGGGAUUUAUUCUCAGAUUAUGUUAUAAAUUUUGGCAGCAGAUUUAUUAUUUCAAUAAUAACAUCAUUACAUGCAUUAUCUGUAUGAUUUUUACGUCUAGUUUCUUCAAAAAAAGAAUAGCCUCAACUUUCACUCUGG